UAAUCCGGACCCCGGGAUCCCUGUAAUUGGUAACGUCCAAUUUGAAUCCAAUCCCCGGUUUCCGGUACAACUUUUCUCCAAACUUCGCAUUCCGACUGUCAAUUUCCAUCGGAGAAAUUCUGGGUGAUUGCAUGGGAAUUUGACGUUUCAACUAUUCCUGUUGGGUACAUUUCGCCGCUUUAAGAAAUUGAACACAGGAAAACUUGCGCAUAAAUGAAGUCUCAUCACCUUUGAUUAGUAGAAAAGGUUAACAAUAAAUUAAAGCGUUUGAAUAUAUUCAGACAACUGCAUGUCGCGAGUUUAGUCGUUCUAACCUUCGAGUUUAAUGUCACAACUUUGGCGGAAAAGAUGAUUCUGAAAGGUAUCAACCUAAAAGCGAGGUCCGUCUUCAACGUCUUCAGGCGAUAUUAUACGAACAGGAAUAUACUGACGUUGUCGGAGCGAGGAUUCUUCCAUGAUAUAUUUCCCGACAAUGCUUCCAAAGAAAUCAAAGAUUUAUUCAUUGGUUCACCACAAACCAUCUACGCUGGUUUCGAUCCAACUGCGACCAGCUUACACAUUGGAAAUCUGCUUGUAAUAAUGGGACUGCUUCACUGCCAGCGUGCGGGACACCAGGGAAUUGCACUAUUAGGUGGAGCCACAGGGCGGAUAGGUGAUCCCAGCGGUCGAAGUACGGAACGCUCUCAAAUUGAAUCGACGAUUGUUGACAAAAAUUUAGAUUGCAUCGAGAAGCAAAUUCGGAAAGUAUUCCAUAACCAUCAAGAAUAUUUUUGGGAGAAGCGAAAUCACAAAGGAGACCUACGAGAUGUAAAAUUCGUUAACAACGCCGACUGGUACAAGGAUUUAAAUUUGAUUGAAUUCAUAGCGAAUAUGGGAAGGCAUUUUCGAAUGGGUUCGAUGCUGUCCAGGACAUCUGUACAAACACGGUUGAACAGUGAAGCAGGGAUGAGUUUUACAGAGUUCACUUAUCAAAUAUUCCAAGCUUAUGACUGGCUACAUCUGCUCCAAAAACACAACUGCCGAUUUCAGCUAGGUGGAAGUGAUCAAACGGGGAACUUGAUGACUGGCCACGAAUUGAUUAGCCGCGUCGAAAACAAACCUGUUUACGGUCUAACUUUACCUAUUAUUACUAAUGAAGAAGGAGACAAAUUUGGAAAAUCGGCAGGAAACGCUGUUUGGCUAGAUUCAGAGAAGACAUCAGCAUUUGCAUUUUAUCAGUUCUUUAUUCGAACACCUGAUUCUGAAGUGGGGAAACUGUUGAAGCUUUUUACUUUUUUGCCUAUGAAUGAAAUUGAGGAUAUCGUUCAGAAGCAUAAGAGGGUUCCGGAAUUGCGGGAGGCGCAACAAAAAUUAGCUGAGGAGGUGACGCUUCUCAUACAUGGAGAAUCUGGACUUCAACAAGCCAAAUACAUAACAGCUGCUUUGUAUAGAGGAAGUACGGAAGCGUUGGCUGAGUUAAAUUAUAAUGACAUAAAACAAACGCUAGCUGGAGCCACUUUAUGUGAAAUUUUACCGGAGCCAGGAUUAUCUGUUCUCGAUUUAGCCAUGAAAGCAAAGUGUUUCCCAACAGAAUCUGACGCAAUCCGGAUAAUCACGGCUGGUGGGUUUUAUAUUAACCAAAAGCGAACACAAAAUGUUGCAGAAGUGAUUUCAGCUGGUAUUCAUAUUCUUAAAAAUGGUCUAACUUUAAUAAGAGUAGGAAAGAAAAACUAUUAUAUUAUAAAGUGGUUAACAUAGUCAAAAAUACAAUUUA